GAGGAGUACAGACCUAUCUCCCUGAUAGGCUGUAUGUACAAAAUUCUUGCUAAAAUCUUAGCCAACAGAUUGAGUAAGGUCAUGGACGGACUCAUAGGUGACCAACAAUCAGCAUUCAUUGGAGGGAGACAACUAGUUGACGGAGCAGUCAUUGCUAAUGAAACAAUUGACGAGAUUAGAAGGAAAAGAAUGAGAUGCUUCCUUUUUAAGGCUGAUUUUGAGAAGGCAUAUGACAAUAUCAGCUGGGAGUUUUUGGAUUACAUGCUGGAAAGAAUGAAUUUCGGGCCAAUUUGGAGGGGAUGGAUCCAAGAAUGCCUUCGAUCAAACUCGGUAUCAAUUUUGCUCAACGGUAGUCCAACAAAGGAGUUCGUUAUGCAAAGAGGACUAAGACAAGGUGAUCCCUUAGCUCCGUUUCUGUUUCUUAUUGUUGCGGAAGGGCUCAAUGGCAUCAUCUCGUUGGCUGUCGCGAAAGGAUUAUUCGAAGGGGUACCAAUCGGAGGAGGGAGUAUUAAUAUAUCCCACUUACAGUUUGCAGACGACACCUUGCUACUAGGAAUAGCAACAGAAGAUAACGUCUGGACCACAAAAUGCAUAAUGAGAGCCUUCGAACUUGUCUCCGAUUUGAAAAUAAAUUACGGGAAAAGCUCCUUUAUUGGAAUCAAUGUUGAUAAUGUAUGGGAAAAGGAAAUGACUUGCCUAUUGAAUUGCAAAUUAGGGUCAUUGCCGUGUAAGUAUCUGGGUAUCCCUUUGGGAGCAGAUCCGAGAAGGAUUGCUACAUGGAAGCCACUUAUUGAAUCUUUUAAAAGAAAACUCUCAUCAUGGAAGGGGCGAUACCUAUCUUUUGGAGGACGAAUCACCCUCAUAAACUCAGUGCUAUCCAGUUUACCAGUGUUCCUAAUGUCCUUUUUCCUCAUACCAAAGAGUGUCAUAAAGGAGGUAGACAAAAUUAGGAGACAAUUCCUAUGGGGGGGAGAUGGGGAGAGGAAAAAAGUAGCAUGGGUAGCAUGGGAGAACACCUGCCUCAACAAGCUGGAAGGGGGGGGGCUGUGGAAGAGAGUCUUAGCUGAAAAAUAUGGGAUCAAGGAAGGGUAUUGGCUCACUUGUUUAAAGGAAGGCAGUCCGCAAGGCUCCAAAUGGUGGAGGGACGUUUGCAAAAUAGAUCAGGGGGAGGGCACAAUGAAUAACUGGGUGAGUUUGGGUUUUGAAGCAAAAUUGGGGGACGGUGGAACCUUGAAAUUCUGGUCGGAUGUAUGGGUAGGAAGGAGUGCACUCUCUAUCAAAUUCCCUCGUUUAUUUUUGUUAACCACAGACCAAAAUGCAACUGUUAAAGAUAUGGGAUCCUGGAGGAACAGCAGCUGGUACUGGGAAUUACCAUGGAAGCGCCAACUUCGCUCAUGGGAGGAGGAUCUAGAAAAAGAGCUUCUCGAGAUAAUUAAUACUGCUCACCCCUCACAGAACAAAGAAGACCAGUGGAGAUGGCUUCUAGAAACCUCAAGAAAUUACACAACUAAGUUUGCUUAUUCUCAUCUAUCAAAGGGCGUUUCAAGGCACGCAGGGGACUUCAAAAGGGUAUGGAAAGCACCCAUUCCACCUAAAUGGUGGGGAGUACAAUAUGUUAUGAGUAAUUCGUGUAGAAUGGUUUUAGACCAACAUAAAUGGACUGGGGGCAAUAAACUAAUAGAUAGAGGGUGGAACAUCAUUUGGUUUGCAGUGGUAUGGACUCUAUGGCUGGGAAAGAACGACUGGAUUUUCAACAAAAAGGAGGUAAAGGCCGACUGUGUCUUUGAGCUAGUUCAAAUUCGAUCUUUCUACUGGGCUAAGAAUAUAGCAGGACUGGACGGAUUCUCCUUGCAAGCUUGGUGCGAGAACCCAUCCAAUUGUUUAAAGACCACCAACAAAUGGAAAGACAGGGUUUGAACUAGUCUUUUUUUGGAUUUUGUUAUGUCUUUGCAUUGAUAUAGCAGGUGGCAGGAUAAUUUUUGCAACCUGCUAUUUUGCUACUUCUGUAAGUAAUGGGUUGGAAUACCCCUAGUAUUCCAAUAUUAAUAUUUCAUUCGCCUUUCAAAAAAAAAAAAGUAAUUGAAAAUUUGUUUCUACUUAACAUAGAGCUUGUUGAAUAUUUCACUUCAAUAAAAAAAUUUAAUUGUC